AUGCCUUGUCAUCAGUUGCGCAAGUGGGGCAAGGAUAUUAGCUCCAUCAUCUGGUGGCUACGCAACACACCUGCUCAGUCUGUCAAGCCCGGUGCCCGUGUGAGGUGGUACUUUGGGGAGGUGUUCUACAUCCAGCAAUCGAUUGGCGAACCCCUUGCACACGAUGGCGAACAUGUGAUCUACUCCGCUGUACUUCAACAUGUGCAAUGUGAAAGCACUAUCAUACGCAUUCCGCCGUGCUUGCAGUUUGUGAAGGUUGCACUAGGUGGAGCAGAACAGGCAGACCUCGAGCACUGUCCUUUUCUUCCACCAACAGCUGGCGAUAUCGAGGAUCUCGUACUUCAAUGUGCUUGGGGGCAGGCAGAAGGCCACAAAUCGGACGCGCCCACGGACGUACAGGCCCGAGUCCAGACUGCACUCGAGUCCACACCACUGCCGCACGAGUUCGAACCUCAAUACGUCUCUGUGGAAGCGGAGGUCAUGCACAUCUGCAAAGAUGAUGAGCCAGACUCUUGGAAAACAUGUCUGGAGUUGUCUUUGAAUUAA